CCGCAGCCACCGAGCCGCGCCCUGGCGCCCGCCGCCGACACAAACACGCGGAUAAUAACAAUUUGUCACGCGCGUGCGCGUCUCCCGCCCACACGAGGAAAACAAGAAGCGCGCGCGCACAGAGGCGACGCCCUCCGACGACGACGACCACCCGUCAUCGCCCUUCCAGACAUGUACGUCUUUCUGGUGCUCGUCCUAAUCUUCGAGUCCGUCUUCUUCCUCAGCGUCGCCGUCCUGAGGGCGGCCCCGAUCGCGUGGCGCCACAGUGACUAAGUGCGUCGGGUGCGCGCGGUGCGGAGCUGUGCAGUGGCGUGCAGAAGUGCCGUGCGCUGUACGCACCGAGAGGUGUGGCGCCCUCCGCCCCGCCAAGAGGGGACUCCGCACAGCACACAGCAGCAGCAAGCAGCGGCGCGCCAACAGAAUAACAAAGAGUUUGUUAUUCGACGAUACAUUUUAGUCGCGUCGUCGGUGUCGUCGCGACGCGAAGUGCUGCCGGCAGUGUGCCGUGCCGUGAGGCCAGAGGUGCCACCGCACCGCGCAGUGAGGUCCGCUGAGGCGGCGGGGAAGGACCGCGGGGGCCAGACCGGCUAACAAGGGUGGCGCGCACCGGUCCCGACCCGGCCCAGCCAACUACAUCCAGGACAACAACAACGCAGCGCAGCGCGACACGCGCCGCAGCACGGAGCGGGAUACCGCACGGGCGCUGCUGCCGCUGGCUGUCUCCUGCUCCUUCCGGGACCCCGCCGCCCGCCCCGCAUACUGCAACCCUGCGCCCUGCCUUGCGGGACCGCCUGAACACCCCAACCGCCCCAACCGCUCCAGGGAACAGGCAGGCGGUGGGCGCGCGGCGUCGUCUGCGCUGCAGUGCGGACCCGGGACUUGGAACUCGCGGGACCGCAAACCGGACGACCGCCGCCGCCCGGUCGGUCAGUUUCGGGCCGGGACCCGCGCGGAGCGGAGCACUGGGAAGCUGGGCUGGACCUGCUGGGUCGCCGCACCUGGCAUUGGCCUUGGCAGUGGUGCCCGCGCCCGCGCCGCCUCCAGUCGCGGCCGCGAGUAGAACCAUAAGAGCGAGGGAGAUAGACGGGCGAGGCCUCUCCGUCUCUCUCACAACAACUUCAACAUCGAGGACCACACUUCCCCGACAACGUAACUACUAAUUUAACACCUUCGGCAUAUACUGAGGCCGCGAUGCAGUAGCCACUCCCGCGGGUCGGGCCCACCACCACCAACCCCCAGGAUGCGCUCUGCGCUGUCUCCGCCCCCGCCGGGGCGCCUGCCGCUGGCCGCGCUGACUCUGCUGCUGGCGCUCCUGGCGCAGCACACCGAGGCCCAGAGCGCGCAGGCCGGGCCGCAGGCCAGGACGCUCUCCUCCAGGCUGUCGCCUCUGGAGGCGGCGGCGCGCCUCGUGCGCAACAACCCGCUCACCUCGCGCCGCGACGCGCAGGUGCGCGACGUGCCCGACGCCGCGCUGCUCAAGGAGUACGACUUCGUGGUGGUGGGCGGCGGCACGGCGGGCUGCGUCCUGGCGCGCCGCCUGUCGGAGAACCCGUCGUGGAGCGUGCUGCUGCUCGAGGCGGGCGGCGACGAGGCCGUCUUCACCGACAUCCCGCUGCUGGCGAGCUACGUCGCCAACACCAACUACAACUGGGGCUACCACGCGCAGCCCUCGCCCGACUACUGCCGCGCCAUGCGCGGGAAGGUCUGCAACUGGCCGCGAGGCAAGGUGCUCGGGGGCACUAGCGUGCUCAACUUCAUGGUGUACGGCCGAGGCAGUCCGCUCGACUUCGACGAGUGGGAGUCCCUAGGCAACCCCGGCUGGGGCUACCGCGACGUGCUGCCGUACUUCAAGAAGUCCGAGGACAUCCAGGUGGCUGCCCUCGAGAACUCGCCGUACCACGGGCGUGGAGGCCCGCUGUCAGUGCAGGAGUCGCCCUGGCGUUCCGUCAUGGCCCCGGCCUUCAUCCAGGCCGCGUCCGAGAUGGGCUACGACGUGGUGGACCACAACGGCGAGCACAUGGCCGGCUUCUCCUUCACGCUGGCCACGCUCCGGAACGGCUCGCGGUGCAGCUCGGCCAAGGCCUUCCUCCGCCCCGUCCAGCACCGCCCCAACCUGCACGUCGCCAAGCACGCCCGGGCCACGCGCGUGCUCGUCGACCCGUUCACGGGCGUGGCCGUGGGCGUGGAGUUCGUCCGGGACCGCAAGUGGCGCGUGGCCAAGGCGCGUCGCGAGGUGAUCCUCUCGGCGGGCACCCUGAACACGCCGCAGCUGCUCAUGCUGUCGGGGCUGGGGCCGGCGGACCACCUCCGCGACCACGGCAUCCGCGUCGUCCGCGACCUACCCGGCGUGGGGGAGAACCUGCAGGACCACGUCUCGUUCUUCGGCGGCAUCACGUUCAUGCUCAACGACACCGUGUCCGUGGUGGAGGCGCGCGAGUCGCGCCGCCUGUCCAGCGUGGUCGACUACUGGGUCACGCAGGACGGCCCGCUGACCUCGCCCGGCGGGGCGGAGGGCAUCGCCUUCGUGAACACGCCUCUCAACGAGCAGCCGGCCCGCCCAGACAUGGAGCUGUCCUUCGGGCCGGGCGCGCUCACCGGAGACUCGUCGGGCAGCUUGCGCGGGCUGCUGGGCGUCGACUCCAGCUUCUACAAGAAGAUGUUCGGGGGUGUGGAGGGCCAGGACGCGUUCACGGUCAACCCCGUGCUGCUCCGGCCGCGCAGCCGCGGCCGCGUCCGCCUGCGCUCCGCCAACCCGUUCCACUGGCCGCUGCUCUUCGCCAACUACUACCAGGACGAGCACGACGUGCGCGUCAUGGUGGAGGGCAUCAAGCUGGGCGUGGCGCUGGGCGAGACGGCAGGCUACCGGCGCUGGGGCGCGCGCCUGCACCAGCGCGCCGUGCCGGGCUGCGAGCACCACGCCUUCCGCUCCGACCAGUACUGGGGCUGCGCCGCCCGGACCCUGUCCACCAACCUGCACCACCAGUCGGGCACGUGCCGCAUGGGGCCGGCCGGCGAGCGGGGCGCCGUGGUCGAUGCGCAGCUCCGCGUGCACGGCGUCCAGGGCCUGCGCGUCGUGGACGCCUCGGUCAUGCCCACCAUCAUCUCGGGCCACCCCGCGGGUGUCGUCUACAUGAUCGCGGAGAAGGCGGCCGACAUGAUCAAGGAGACGUGGGACCACUGACCACCCGACCUGUGUCCGUGUAGGAUAGAGAGCUUGUCAAUGUCAAUCAAAAGAUCUCAAUAAUUAUUAAAUUUAUUAUCAUAUCAAA